UCCGUGGUUAUUAAUCCUACGUAGUCUUAUGAGGGGGAUACUUCGACAGAACAAAGCAAAGGAGAUACGUAAUUCACGUGAUGAUCUUUGUAUUCUUUCCACAACUUACUUGGUGAAACUACAAGUAAAACUGCCACUACAUGAACACGCCAUCUGCAACAUCGGCACUAGGAAUUCUCCUGGUCGAUCUGACGCGGGACUAUGAGAGGGCACAGCCACACGAUGCGAUGCAGUUUUGUGCGAAUUGGUUUCAGAGGCGGUUGGAGGAGCAGAGGACGCGUGCGAGGGAUGCGUUGGGGGGUGGGAAUAAUGGAAUGAGAGGCAGUAGUAGUAGCAGUCGCAGGGGAUCGGUGAUGAACUACGUCGAUGAUUCACCGAUCGAUCCCCUGGAACGCAAACAACGUGGGAGUAUCCAACGACCGCCAUCCAUUGGGUUUACCAAUCCAUUCUCCACUUCACCCACCCCGCUCUCGUCUAUCGGGAAUGACUUCCUCCACCCCCCCAACAGCGCGAUAUUCGCACGCCGUACAAGUGUCAGUGCUGAAUCCAUCCCCAUCGAAGAUUUACUGCAGGGGGUACAGCUCCCGACUCACCCGAAAACAGACGCGCAGCUGGCGAGGAUAAAAUUGUCGAUUCGGGAUAAUUUUAUAUUUAGGGAUUUGGACGAGGAGCAGGAAACGGGUGUGUUGGAUGCGAUGCGGGAGGUGAGCGUGGCGCAGGGGGAAGAGGUGAUUAGACAGGGGGAUGUGGGAGAGUUUUUUUAUGUCGUGGAGAGUGGGGUGUUGGAUUGUUAUAUCUUGGGAACUCCCACCACUCCUACCACUCCUACGAUUACCACCACCGUCGCCUCCUGUCCCCCCGGCACCUCUUUCGGUGAACUCGCAUUGAUGUACGGCCACCCCCGCGCCGCCACCGUCCUCUCCCGCACCCCCGCUCUCCUCUGGGCCCUCGACCGCAUCACCUUCCGCACCAUCAUCCUCGCCGCCGCACACCGCCGCCGCACCAUGUACGAGGGCUUCCUCCGCGACGUCGUCCUCCUCCAAGGCUUGAGUCACAGCGAGAGGAGCAAAAUCGCGGAUGCGUUGGUUAGUCGGGUGUAUGAAGACGGGGAACAAGUUGUCCGUCAAGGGGAAGUCGGGGACACGUUCUUUUUCGUGGAAGAAGGGGAAGCGGUGGUACGGAAGAGAGUGGGGAAUGGGGAUGAGGUGGUGGUUGUUGGGAAACUUGUCAAAGGAGACUACUUUGGUGAACUCUCCCUUUUGAGGUUGGCGCCGAGGGCUGCGACAGUUGAGGCUGUUGUUCGGCCUACAGUCGAUGCCAAGAAAAUUGGUCCGAAACUUAAAGUCGCAGCACUCGACGCUCCAGCGUUUACUAGACUCCUUGGGCCACUUCGGGAGAUCAUGGAGCGUAGGGCAGGAGAGAGUUAUCUCAUGUAAUUCCUUACUAUAUGUAUUUUAUUUCUAAUUUUGUCUGAAUGAAUAGUGAAUCUUGGGUAAGCCACCAAACACCACACCACACCGCCUCUUGAUUCCAAUUACAUAACCAUCUUGUCGUGUAUGUACACUGGCAGUUUAGAUACUCGCGUGCCCCUUUGAGUCCAG